AUGGACCAAUCAGAUGCUAACGAUGCAAUGCUUCAAGAGCCUAUUCCAUUGGCUAAUGUCAACGGAGCUGUUCUUCGUAAGGUUAUUGCUUGGUGUCAGCACCAUAAAGACGAUCCUGUUGUAACCGACGAUGCUGAGAGCAGGGAGCGCCGCACUGACGAUAUUCCAAGCUGGGAUGUUGAAUUUCUUAAGGUGGAUCAGGGGACGCUUUUUGAGCUUAUUCUGGCAGCCAAUUAUUUGGAUGUUCACGGUCUUUUGGAUGUUGCUUGCAAGACAGUUGCAAAUAUGAUUAAAGGAAAGACACCAGAAGAAAUUCGUCGAACAUUCAAUAUUAAGAAUGAUUUUACUCCAGAAGAGGAAGAACAAAUUCGUCGAGAAAAUGCUUGGUGUGAAGAUUAG